AUGAGAGGCAUCCUGGAGGUCGCCUCCAGCUUUUACACCUCUCUGUUUGCGGAAGCGCCAGCCUCCGGUCUGCCUUGUUGGAAGCCAGAGCCUGGGAAGACAUUGAAAGAAGCUGCCUCCCUGGAAGCAAGCUGGACUGAGGAUGAGGUGAAAAAGGCGCUAAAAGAGAUGGCAAACGAUAAAGCCACCGGCAGAGACGGAUUGCCCAAGGAGCUUUUCGAACGCCAUAGGGACCGGCUAGGGGAAUAUUUCAUGGGGUUCGUAAGAGAUUUUGAAGCCACGGCGUCCCUAUCGGAGGAGGUGCAGGAAGCUGUGACGAUCCUGCUGCAUAAGAAAGGCCCAAAAGAACAGUUCCAGAACUACAGGCCAAUCACACUGCUUACCAGCUCUUAUAACGUGGUGGCGAAGCUGCUGGCCAACCGAAUGACGAAGGUCUUGGAAAGGGUUAUCUCCAAGGAACAGUGCGGUUCCCUCCCAGGGAGAAGACUGUCGGAUGCGGUGUCGCUGGUAGCAGACGUGAUCGAAGCGGCAAAAAACGACAACAAAGACUUGUACAUUCUAAUGGUGGACUUUCGAUUCAGUCUCCCGAACGUACCUCUUCGAUACCAUGUUUCUCAUGGGCUUCCCGGAGAAGUUCGUCUGGUGGUGCAAUGGGCUUCAUGA